AUGGCGGGCGGCGGCGGUUGGCUGCCGCCGCGCCCCUGCGAGGCCUACCGCGCCGAGUGGGAGCUGUGCCGCAGCGCCCGGCACCUCCUGCACCACUACUACGUCCACGGCGAGCGGCCGGCCUGCGAGCAGUGGCGGCGCGACCUGGCUAGCUGCCGCGCCUGGGAGCAGCGCCGGAGCAACGAAGCCCAGCAAUCCCUCUGUGAGAGCGAGCGGGCACGAGUCCAGGCUGCACAGAAGUACCCCCUGGUAUGGGCCCUCCGGCAGAGCCCCCCUGCAGACUGGCAUCUCCCUCUGCCUCAGGAGAAGGAUGAAUGAAAAACACUCCUGUCCUCGGCCUAUGCGGUUUCCUCAGGUCUAUUUCAAGAGGGGCUGUCACACAGCCCGAAGGACUGUAACUGGCCCAGUCUAGUGGGUCUCUAUGAGCUCUCUCGCCUGGCUUGGAACAUGGAGCAAGACAUCGCCAACCCUAUUUGGCCCACCCCUCACCUGCAUGCAGGGCCCCCCGACACUGCGAUGCUCUGAAAAACAAUUCUAGCUACUCCAGAGCUUCUGGGAAGCCAAGCAUUGUGGCAGGUACCUAUGAGCAGCCAGGUAGGGCUAGGCACAACAGCAUUGGAAGUGGCAGUCCUGAGGUCUGGGAUUCUCAGGUAGACUCUUGAGGGCUAGCCCUGACCUGUGUAGUCACCUGGGUGGGUCAGAAUGAGAUAGCUAAACAGUUGUGCUGCUGUGGAUGCCUUUCCACAUCCUGGGCUUGGUGACCACCGUGUACUGCCGGCCCCUGGCAUGCAAAACAUGGAACUCACACUGCUCCAGCCCACUGGCUCCGUCUCACUGCAGAUGCAGGCCGGCAUGCCAGCAAGCAGGGCUCCCUCGCCUCCUCCACCAGCACCCUUCACCUCUUAGGCUCUCAGGUAGACCCUGGAGACUCUGGCUUUCAAGAAAUGCACACAGCUGCAGAACACAAAACCUCUCACAAAAAGGGUUCGUGGAGUUUCUGCUUAAGAAAUCCAAGCCCAAGACAUGGAAUUUAGGACUCCUUCCCUCAGAAUUUCCCGAUUGUUAAUGUGUCAAAGCCAUUUCACGUUUGAUUCCAAAUAGAAGCUUGGUAGAUUUCACACCUAACAGUGUUGUGCUUGGACAGUAUUAGAAUUUUGUAUGCUUAUUCUCUUGUAGAUGUUUUUAAAAUAUAUGCAUAUGAACUACCAAGAAGACUAGU